AUGGCUUCAAGUCAAUUGACAUCAGACACCGGCUCCGAGAGUGGGGAGGAGUGGCCGUCUUCGCUUCCAUCAUCACCUGAGCCAUCAUCUCCAGGAACGCCAGAAUCACGCAGUCCAAGACUAAAGGCAAAGCCAGAGUCAGUUCAAAAAGUGUGUGAGGUGUGUGAGGGUCCGUUGGAUCCUUCUGCAUCAUGCCAUAGCUUUGCUUCACUGCCUCCCAUCCCGAGAACCGAAGCUAUACAGUUAUUAUCCACCGAUUCUCAAACUCCAGAUCAUUGGAUUGCACGAGACAGCCGCAUGAUUCGACUUACGGGGAAACAUCCGUACAACGUAGAGGCCCCUUUAUCCGCGUUGUUCGAUGCUGGAUUUCUUACUCCCCAAAACCUCUUCUAUGUUCGCAGUCAUGGAGAUACUCCACGUGUCAGCAUCAAGCAAGCGCAGGAAUGGAAGCUACGUAUCCACGGCCUUGUCGAGAAAGAGAUAGAAUUUUCGAUUCAAGAGCUCAAAGACAAAUUCCAAGUUGUCACGUUACCUGUCACUCUGGUAUGUGCUGGCAACCGUCGUAAGGAGCAGAAUAUGGUUCUCAAAGGGCUUGGGUUCAAUUGGGGUGCAGCGGGUGUGUCUACCGGUCUCUUUACAGGCGUCUAUCUAGCCGACAUUCUCGAUUACUGCAAGCCUAAGAAUCCUCUUUUAUCUUCAUAUCCCUCCGGCGAUCAACAUAUUCCUGGACGUGCGCGUCAUGUCAUCUUCGAAGGCGCAGACGAGCUUCCCAAAGGCAAAUAUGGUACAUCUCAGAGGCUCAGCUGGGCGUUGGAUCGAAGCAAGGGCAUGCUCAUAUCUUGGGGCCUCAAUGGCGAGGAUCUUCUACCUGAUCACGGUUAUCCUCUCAGAUUAGUGGUCCCGGGCCAGAUUGGUGGGCGAAUGGUAAAAUGGCUCCAACGAAUCGAGGUGUCGGACCGUGAGAGUCAGCACCAUUUGCAUUUUUUCGACAACAAGCUUCUCCCCACUACAGUGACUGCCGACCAGGCGAGAAAGGAAGACAAGUGGUGGUACGACCCAAAAUACAUCAUCAAUGAACUCAAUGUCAAUGCGGCAAUCUGUUCACCAUCCCACAACGAUACAGUUCAGCUGGCAUCGGAUACUUCCAUGACGCAGAUUCUACCCAUAGAAGGAUAUGCGUACACUGGUGGUGGGCGACGUAUAACCCGCGUCGAGGUGACGCUUGACGAUGGAGAGACUUGGAAUCUCUGUGAUAUAAAAUACCCCGAGGACCUCUACCGCAUGCACCCUAUAGGGAACCAUCCUUACUACGGGUCUCUUGAUCUGACCAUGACUGAUAUGAGUUUUUCUUGGUGUUUUUGGAAGCUUGAAGUUGAUGUCAAGUCACUGCUGGUAGAUCGUGAUGCCGGAUUCAUUGCCGUGCGCGCAAUGGAUGAAGCUCUGAGCAUUAUGCCGCGAGACAUGUAUUGGACUGCCACGUCGAUGAUGAAUUCUUGGUGGUUUCGCGUCGCCUUAUACAAGGAGAAUGGCGGCCGAACUCUUCGAUUUGAGCAUCCAACUGUGCCAGGUAAUGCCAACGGCGGCUGGAUGCAGCGUAUGAAUGAGGCUGGAGCAGAUCCAAGACAUCCUUGCCUCAAGCAGAACAAUUUGUUUACUGGUCCAUCAUUUGGUUCCACCACAGCAACUCCGGUUACAUCUCAAAGAAAUGAAGCGGGUGAAGAUACCAAGAGCGUGAUGAUCAAUCCGGAUAAAGCAGCAACAAUCGUUACGGCAUCUCAGUUUGCCGAGCAUGCUGAUGGAGAGGGUCCGUCUCCUUGGUUCGUCGUCGAGGGCCAUGUAUAUGAUGGGACAGGUUUCCUUACGUCGCACCCUGGUGGAGAGCAAUCCAUUCGUCUAGCUGCUGGCGAGGAUGCCACCGAAGACUUUCUGGCUAUUCACUCUAUGGAUGCUAAGAAAUUGUUGAAAGAUUACCAUAUCGGGAAGCUGGAACAACGCGCAUCGCCGCCAACAAGUCUGUCACCAAAAUCUGAGAGCCAAGAUGAUCCAUCUAGACCGUUUCUCGAUUCAAAAGUAUGGAAGAAGAUUCGCUUAGUACACACGAGAGCUAUUUCUCACGAUUCACGAAUCUUUCGUUUCGCCUUGCCUCACGAAGACCAGAUCCUCGGCUUACCAGUGGGCCACCACGUUUACUUGCGCGCAAAGAAAGUUGACAAAGCAAACGGGAAAGUUAAGACUGUGCAACGAGCAUACACUCCGUAUAGCUGCAGUUCCCAACGUGGCUUCAUCGAGCUUCUCAUCAAAGUGUAUUUCCCUUCCAACAAUUCGACGCAACCCCAAACUGUAUUUGCUGGGGGUCAAAUGACCAUGUUGCUCGAAGACAUGGCAAUUGAUGCAGAAGCGGAUGCAUUGACGGUCGAAAUAAAAGGGCCUAUAGGUCAUUUUACAUAUAUCGGUAAUGGGCGAGUUCAAUGCAAGCCUAAUAAUCGUGUUCGCGCCAUUAAUAAGCUCGCUUUGGUUGCAGGCGGCAGUGGAAUUACUCCAAUCUGGUCCACCCUCAAAGCCAUAGCAGACGAGUACUCAGCCUCUUCAGCUUCUGACCGUCGCAAGUCGGUAGAAGUAUGGCUUAUCUAUGGUAAUCGAGAGGAGAAAGACAUCCUGAUUCGCGAGGAGCUUGACGAACUCUCACGUCAGAUGGAAGGGAAGCUGCAUAUAUGGCAUGUGUUGAGUUCUAAUGCGAUAAGAGAGGAGUGGGCAAUGGGAAGAGGAUAUGUGGAUCUAGAAUGUCUCCAAAAUCACCUACCGCCAGCAUCUUUUCCUCUGGCUGGUGUAGACCAUAAGGAUACGUUGGCGUUAGUUUGUGGUCCCCCCGCGAUGGAAGCGAAUGUUUCUGUAGGAUUAGAAAAGCUUGGGUGGAACGUUGAGGAAGAUGUGAUAACUUUCUAG